CAGCGAGUGAGCCGGAGGCUGAAAGAAGUUUUGUUUUGGGCGAGGUUUAUAAAUGGAUCAAAGCCUCCUCGAUAGUGCUAAUCUUCUCACAAGUCCUUCUCAAGACGAUGUUGCACAUCUCAGACGGAGCGAUGUUGUCGAGGCUGCUGGGACUCCUCGUCCUCUCCUCCCUCUGCUCGGCCAUGCUGAAACCAAAUUUCAAUGACUCCAGUGCAGAAGACCAUGGCACCAACUGGUCUCACCGCAGCCGUAGCAUGCCGAUGUCCUCCGGCUACAUGCCAUUCAGCGAGGGGCACCCUGACGACAUGGACUCCAAAGCGCAGAUGAACCAAGGCGACAUGUACUCUGGCGACACGGACUCCAAUGCGCCGAUGAACCAAGGCAACAUGUACUCUGACAACAUGGACUCCAACACACCAAUGCACUAUGGCAACAUCUACAACAUGAACACAGAGGACACAAACUCUGGAGACCCCCAAAAGACCAUAGAGUCCCGAAUGUUUGGAAGCACCGAUCCAAUGAUGCCCCCCAUGCCUGAUACUGGGAUCUGUGAAAUGCUGAUGAACUCGGCAGCGCCUGUUGAUCAGAUUCCUUUUUUCUGCCUCUGUUGGCACUGUAAGGGCACCGUGGGGCCCAAAGGAGACCGUGGAGACCGGGGCCCUGCGGGUGCACCUGGGAGUCCUGGAAGAAGAGGAAUGAUGGGGUUCCCUGGUCAACCAGGAUUUACAGGCAGUCAAGGGGUGAAGGGUCAGAAGGGAGACAUGGGGGAGAAAGGGCAGCCCGGCACUGUUGGUUUCACCGGGAUGAAGGGCAGCCGAGGCUUCAAAGGAGAAAAAGGGGAAUCAGGAAUGGAAGGCCCCCCAGGCUCACAGGGCCCUCAGGGAGAAACCGGUACGUGCCCUGCCUCCUGUGAGAGUGUCCAGGGUCCGCCAGGUCCACAAGGCCCCCCUGGAUCAGCCGGAGCCCGGGGCCUGCCUGGGGUCAAGGGAACCAUGGGACCCAAAGGUAUUAAGGGAAAUAAGGGUGACCUAGGUAGACCCGGCGACCCCGGCAUGGAUGGCCUGAAGGGUGAUCAGGGUGAGCAGGGGAUGUGUGAGUGCACAGAUGGAGCAGAUGGUGCUGAUGGGAGACCAGGAAGUGAAGGAGCUAAAGGGGACAAAGGUGACACUGGUGUCCAGGGUGUACAAGGCCCCAUGGGGCUAAAAGGCAAUGAGGGUGACAUGGGUCUCAUGGGGCCACCUGGGCCCUGCUCCCCAGCCAUCCAAUCGGCAUUCUCUGCAUGUAUUAAUGAGUCGUUUCCCAUUCACAACUGGCCUGUUGCUUUCCCAAUCAUCCUUACCAACCAGCAGGGGCACUUCAACCCACUCAUGGGCAUGUACACGGCCCCUGUCAAUGGCACCUACGUGUUCAGCUUCCACCUGGCAGUUGCCAAAAAGGUUCUUAAGGUCGGCCUGUAUCGCGAACACUACCCCAUGGUGAGAGCAACAGAAACAACCCACCAGUCCACCACCAGCCAGACUGUCGUCCUCCACCUCAUCAUGGGACAACGGGUGUGGCUGCAAGUGAAGGACGAGACCACUAACGGCAUGUACACCGACGCUGAGAACAGUGGCACGUUCUCCGGAUAUCUGCUGUACCCCGACUCCUGUGAUAUGCCCAUGGGCCGACAUCACUGGCCUCAGAAAAUUAGAACAGGAUUCAAGUGGGACUCUCCUUCCUCAUCUACCACACCUUCCCCCACCCCUCCACAAUAGCAGGCUCCAGUCAGUCAGUCACUCAGUUACAGCAAGGCAUCCACACACAUCCAAUCAAACACAGUGUAUUUAUAGCUGCAAGUUUUAGAGGGGUAUUCUGUCACACAGAACAUUUAAGUGACAUUCAAUAUUCAAUCUCUUCCAUUUGUGGACUGAAUCUGAGUUGUUCUUGACAUGAGGUAAAAGGCAGGGUGGACAAAAUAGCCAAUAUGAGUUUUGUUAUUACACCACAAAAAAUAACAGUAAUAAUCAUGCUUAUCAAGUCCUGUUUUAAUAGCCAUGCAAGUGACUGAACCAUGAGGCUGACAUUGGUGGUUUGUGGUGAAAUAUCUCAAAAACUAUUGAAUGGAUUUCCAUGAAAUAUGGUUUAGAAAUUCAUGUUUCCUGCAGGGUCAAGUGUAAUCACUUUGGUUCAUUUUGGGUGGGGGGUGGCAUGUGUGUUAAUAAACUCAAAACAGCCUGUUGUACUGGAGUUCUGGAAACCACAUAACAACAUCAAUAAACUAUAAGAUUUUUAAAGAAAUGAAGAAGAAUAUGAUGAAGAAAAUAGCGGGAAAAUACCCCCCCCCUCUAAAAUGUGGACAUAAAUUCACUCUUAUAAUUCAACACUCACUGAAAUAUGAAAUCGCAUGUAGGCUUAGUCGUACCAGUUUGACAAAUGCAUUUGAUCAUGCACUCUGAAGUCUGUGUAAGGCAAAAUCACUGAUUUCUUUCUAAACAUAUUAAACAUGUUAGAAAAUACUUGUUGAAAACAUGAAAAGACUGAACUGUGUAGUGCUGAAUUGUGGAGUUAGAUUGCUCAACAUGUGUCCAGGUUUUUUGAGUAGACCCUGUAUUUAUUAGUCAGAAAACCCUAAGACAGCUUGCAGAAAGUAGCAAACUCAUCGGUUUGGGCCACGCACCCAUACUGUCAUAUACUGCAUACCCUGGUAAAAUUUCAGAAAGGUAUGAAGGUAUGAAAAAGUAGAUACUGCCCAUGCCUUGAAAGAAUAUAAGGCAAUAUAUGAACAUUCACAUCCUGGAUUAGUGUAGUUCUGGCUAAUAAAUCCUUAAUUUUGCUUUUGGAAGAAGCAGCUUUACAAUCAGGUCAAGGAAAUACUUAAAAAAAAUCCCAAAACAACCCAAAGUCAAAAAAUAACAGAAGCUGUGGGUCAAUCUAGACAACUCACCGAGGAUCUGUUGAAGGCUUAAGCCUCACUGAUCUCUGUUUUAGGGCUGUUUCCAGCCCAUCAGUUUAUCUCCAUGGUCUCUAUGGUAAUGGUGGUGAGUACAAUGAUCUCUGGCAACCAAAAUGGCUCACUUGGUUGCCAGGCUUGAUGAAUUGCACAUCAGAAUCGGCUGCAUUGUGGGUUGAUCGGAUGCCUGAGGUUGACACUGGCCCAAAACCAGCUAACUGAAGUUGAUUUUUACCAGAGAUUGGUCCAAGGCCUUUCGCCCAAUGCCCAUCUUUUUCAGUGCCAGAACACAACUAACUGUGCCAACGCUCAGCCACGAAGGAGCCAACUCAGCUGGCUGCCUUGGUCAUAAGCCCCUUUUACGCUGCCUCUUCAAGGCAUGAAUUUCAUACCUUUAUGUCGCCUGUAUAAAAAGUACAGUCGCGGAAUGGGGGAACAGAGGUGUCUAACCUUUGAGCCGACAGCGGAGAUAAUAACAGUGUCACAACAACGUCUGUGUAAACGAGACAGCCAGCAGGAUGGGACCAUGGAUGACAUGGGUGUGACGUUUUGACAACUUUAUGUGUGCGACCCACCCCCAGGAGAUUUAAAAAGCAGCUGAUAGCAGUUAGCAGCUAACUCAAAGAAGAACAGAAAAAACGAAAAACAAUGAAAAUAGUUAGGUCCAGGAGCUCCUUACCCUUCAAGCAGAGGACGAGAACGAGGUAAAUGACUGUUAUUGCCCUGUUAUUCCCAUUGUUAUAAAGUGUUGCCGAUGCCUUUGUUAAACUUCACACUAAAGGGUUAUGAUGUUGCCGUUGCUUGGUUCUCUGAAAAAAAUGCAAAGGCAGCAUAAAGAAGGGACAGCAUAGCAGCCCAACAGCAUGAUAUCUAUGUAAAAAGGGCUAUAGAUAAACUAACUGAAACUAUAAAUAAGAGUCAUAUUUGUAAAACUGAUUUUUCCUUUAAGUGUGAGUACAAAUAUGACAGUUCAAAGCACCAGUGUGUAGGCUUUAGUGGCAUCUAGUGGUGAGGCUGCAGACUGCAACCAACUGAACACCCCUCCACCCAACCCUCCUUUUCCAGGCAUGUAGGAGAACCUACAGUGGCCUUCACUUUGAUAUAAAAACGCCUAAGUCCCUCUCCAGACAAGGCUUUCAAACGAAGGCUGGGACACAGUGUCAUAUCACAUGUUAUCAUUAAAGUAAAACACACAUGCAUUCAGUGUGGUCUGCACUUGCUCAAAGCCUAAAUAGCUGGUGCACUAUCAUAGAACGGAGGAGUCCGCAAUCAGCCUUGGGUCAGAAUAUUUGUUGUAGGAGAAAUACAGAUAUAGGUGAAGAUAACAGAUCUGCAAAUAUCGAAAAGAUCUAUAAUAUAUGAUGAUAAACAAAAAACUUUAAAUUGUAUUGACCGCCGCUCCGAGCAUACCCAAAAAUUUCUGUCAGGCUGAGAACACCCAAUGAGCACCUGAGCGAACACCAUCCCUUUAUUUCUGGUGUUGUCUGCUGUAACCCUCCAACAUCACAGCUCCAGUCGCAUUGCACAUGUGUCAUAACCAAUAGCACCAAUGGGUCAAAGACUGUGUCUAAGAUAAAGAAAUUCUUAGUUUCACGGUGACUUCUGAAACAUAACUAUAAAUAUUAUAUUCAAUUCCUACGCACCGCUCCUAUAAAUUUUAAUAAGUAAGUUUUUCAAUUUAAGUCAGGUACCCGUCACACUCCAUCAAAAAUUAAGGAUUAGAGUAAGAGUAACUCAUUUGUAUUGAAAUACAUCUGCAAAACUAAGAGCGCUGAUUUAGUAGCAGAGAUUGUGACAGGAAUUUUAUUUUUUGGUAGAAAAUGUAAAUAUGUGAAUCGGCACUGUGGGUUACGGUAAAAUCAGACAGUUUGCUGAGAUGGAGGUUUGUUAGUUAAAAGGUUUAAAUGGCGAAGGAGCAGUAAGGAAGGUGCUGUGAAGGACAUAAGAUGGUGGAGAAAUGAAGUCAUGUACAGGUGGGGUCCUGGGCUGGUUAAAGAGUAAUGGGUAAUGUUUUGUCAACAGUGAAAUUCUCCAUAAAAUGAGUGAAAAUAGUCUUGAGAGUGACAAACUGCAAAAAAUAAUCUAUUUAAACAGACACCCAGAUUAAGUCUGGGAGAAAAAAAAUAUUGCUUCAUGAAACAAACAUGAAUAAAUGAGCCGUUGGAGUGAGAGCAUUUCUAAAAGAAGAUUAACUGGUUUUAAAACUUGAAUACCAGUGCAGAGGCUGAGUGAGACUGCACAGAGAACCAGUGGAAUUGACAAACUAAAAAUCAAAAUGAAUAAAAAUGCCAAUAAUAGCCAAUGAUUUAUAAAACUCACUGUGAUGAAUUAAAAACACAUCAGAAAUAAGAGCUGUGAUUCUUGAGUGCUGUAGGACAGCUACAGGUGAAUUCUGGACGUUUUUGAACGAUGCAGGUGGGGAACUGAAGAAAGAAACAUGAUACAACAUAUUCAAACCCUCACUGAGGUGUUUUGAGCAAUGAUGUAGUUGUGUGUCACAUGCUGCACUCUGUCCACUGUGGUUUUUGUCUGAUAAUUAAAAGUUGACUUUU